AGUGGAUCACGUGACAGUCAACAUCUAAACAGAACUUUCAUCGAUUUGUGGAAAUAUGUUUCUUCAGUGAUUUAUGCGAGAAAUGAGUGCUACAAACGUGCAAUGAAGUUAUCAGCAUGAUGUCCAACUAAUCCAUCAUUGUUACAAUUACACAUAAGUAACAAUUUGGUGGUGCUAUCACUCAGCCCCUCCCUCUAUUCUAUGGAGCCAGCCUGCAUCUGUACUCUCAUAGGGGAUAUGAUAUUGAUAUAGAAAUAUCCAACAAUGAGUAAAGCUUAUAUGAAACGAAGCUCGUCUCCCAACAAACAUUGGCCUACCAACUAUGGAUUUGAAAUAGUUGGUGAUGGGCCAAGCUAUGUGAUUUCUGUUGAUCAUCUGUCUAUGGCACAACAAGCAGGAAUCCUCCCAGGAGAUCAACUCCUAGAGAUAGAUAAACAUGAUGUCACCAAUAUGUCUGCAAAUGCAAUUAAAACACUUGCCAAACAUAGUCGCACCAUCCCACCUGCCUUAGGGGUUGUGUCUAGGAUGCAGUAUAUUGAGUUGCUCCCUAGUAGGAAAUAUGGAUAUGGAAUCAAUGUUUAUGGUGAUAAGCCAGUUUAUGUUGAGAUUCUGACUACAUCUGGACCUGCAUAUCGUGGAGGACUUAGGACAGGUGAUAUUUUACUGGAAGCGAAUUGUCGUAAGGUGAGGAGGUCUGACUCAGUGAAACCUAUAUUGAAUGCCUGCACUGGUAAGCUAACUGUAGGUCUGAUUGCCAUUGAAAUAAAUAAGAAGAACAUGGUUCCUGAGGGAAAAUAUGAUGUCAUUAGGACAGCUGGGAGCAGAGUGAAGAAAGCCAGGGAAUUAUUCAAAAAGAUGAAUAAUGUUCUAGGGGCGGAUUAUGAGAAAAAGAUGGCCAUAGUUGGAGUGCUCAAGCAGUAUGCAGAAGAUAGAAAAGUCAAACUAUUCAGCAAUUCCAUCAUGAUGCUAUUGAAGACUCAGAACCAACGGAAACUCUUGCCAGAAAUAAGGCCAUUUGUACCUGUGAAGCACCGUGCUGUUUUUGAUGAUAUCUUGCAACAUGAUCCUCUGCAGCCAUAUUUAGAAAUGACUGGCACUUUCAGUAAAUCAUCAGGCAUGGCAGUUCAGUAUGAUGACAAAAGGACAGUAAAUAUAGAUCACAGUGAAGGGAACUUUGGUUUUAUCUUGCGAGGACACAGCCCUGUGUAUAUUGAGUCCAUAGAGCCAGGGGGACCUGCAGAUAGAGCAGGGCUCCUACCUGGCGACUGUAUACUCAAAUUAAAUGGGUUAGAUGUCAGGAGAAGUGCCCACACACAUGUUGUGAAGUUGUUGCAAUGCAGUGGCUCAUCUCCAAGCUUAGAUGUUGUACAGCUACCCGAUGAUGGGGAAGCAUUGACUGGGAGUGAGAGUGUCUUGUCCUCAGACACUAGUAGUUCUAGCGGGGACUCCUCUGGCUGGCUCUCAGAUAUAACUCAGAUCAUUGAUACAGAUGGCAAGUCCUUCAGGGAAAAGGUUGAAGAUUUGCUGACAUCUAAGGAAAAGGGACACCUUAAGAAAUCACUUCUAAAAUAUAACAUAGAAAAGAACAUUGGUGACUUUGUAAUUGAGGUGUCAGCCAUCUUGGAUACACCAUCUAAAAAAACCAUGUGGGGGUUUAUUAUUCCAAGGUUAUCCACUGAACACCAGAAAUUCAUCAUACAACACAUAAAUGUGCCCAGUGGCAUGCUUAAAGAUCUCCUACCAGGUAACAUACUCAACAUCAUUGAAAACACAGAGAGAAAAGUUCCCUACAAUUCUGAAUCCACAGAGGUGGAGUUCAGUUUGGGGAACAGUGGGAAUAGCAGUUGGUUGUUGAACCUGAGCAAGAUCAGUCACCUGGGCUCCUUCAAGCAGCAGCUGGAGUACCUGCUCACCUCCAGGGAACGCUCUCAGCUCAAGAAGGCUUUGCAGUUCUACUCUGAGCGCAGAAAUGUGCAUAAUUUACUAGAGGAUUUGGUAGUUAUCCUGGACACACCCUCUAAACGUACAUUAUGGUACUACAUUAUCCCCCUCCUCUCAGAAAAACACCAACACUACAGCAAGAAAAAACUCAAACUGAACAAAGAGAAGGUCAAAGCAGGUUCUGCUCAUGCACCAGUGGGGUACUCAACAUCAGAAAGUUACCAGAGUGCCCUCCUGAGUGUCUCAAGCUUCCCAAGCCAGCUGAACUCAGUGAGAGCUGGUGACAAAACACCUCUGAUUGCUGCUCAGGAAGGUGAUGUCAUGUACUCUCAUGGUUUCACUAGUGAUGAUCUCGAGAAGCUGGUCUCUGAGAACAGUCUAGGAUCUGAUCAAGUUUCGGACAUAGAAACAUUUCUCACUGAUGAUACUGAUAUUACUGACAACAAGGCACCAAAGAAAACACAUAAAAGUCAUAGAUUGAAAAAGAAAUUAUUGUCUAAAGGAGAUUAUGAUGGAAGUUCAGGAAAAGAAUCCGCAGCAAAGUUACAGAAACUCAUGGAUUAUGAUAGAAUGCACAAGAGCAAUAGCAAUAUAACAUACAACCCAUUAUUUGAGAGUGAGAGUAUGCGCAGUCAUAUUACAAGGGUGAAAGAGGUGUGUCAGCAGACCUCCCCUGCAGGGACCAUUAGCCAUAUUAACAAUAUUGCCAUCCAAAAUAACUCCCUAAGCAGCAAUGCUUCCAAUCAGAGUCUUCAGAUGGAGCUGUCCAAUGCAAGCGCCACAACUCGAGAUUCAUCCAACACUGAGACUCAACAAAAUGGCCGCCCCAGCGCCAAGAUGCAUAAUGCGAAGAGGAACUCUGUGAGCACUGGGAUGCAGGCAGGUGUUGUCUCUGCAGCUUCUGCAGCUAUUGAUGCACAGGUUGCCAUAGAAACACAUCCUAAACGUAAUGAUCGUCUCUCAAGUCAAGUUCAGAAGAUGACAAUUGUUGAACAUCCAACUGAAGUGUCAAGUAAUUCUGAGAAUGACAGCGACACUUUAUUUGGAUCAGUGAAAUCCGUUGACUCAUUUAAUGCUAAAGCAAUGCAGGCACUGCGUACAUUAGAUGAGUGUGUUGCAGGGGAGGGAGAGUCAGAUAUGGAAGGCCAGUCCAGUUCUGAAAUGAGCAAUAUAACUACUGCUCAUCCCCCUCCACCUCCUCCCCCUCCUCCCCCAGCCCCAGCCCCUCCUACUGCCCAAGAAAUCAGUGUUCCCGCAAUGAAUGUGAAGAGGAUAAACUGGGAGAAGUUGGACAUUGCAAAUGUACAGAACACAGUUUGGGGACAGUUAAAUGACAGUGAAUACUUAGAUGAUGUUCUGAAGUAUCUAGAACUGGAGCAACAGUUCAGUACAAAGAAAACUAAAGUCUCCCAGUCAUUCAGAGAGAUGCAAAGCAAGAAACAGAAGGUCAUACUCAACCCAAAGAAAGCCUAUAAUAUAUCUAUAGUGCUGGGUCACUUGAAGACACCAGUGCCAGACAUCAAACAAUCCUUGUAUAAGAUGGACGAGGAUCUGCUCACCCCAGAAUUACUACGCCAACUGCUAGCCUAUGCUCCCAGCUCUGAUGAGAUGGACAAGUAUGAUGGUUACACUGGCAAGUUUGAUGACUUAAGUAAGGCUGACCAGUUUGUGUACCAAUUGAGCAGAGUACCAGGCUACAUGGACAGACUGAAGGCAAUGUACUUCAAGGCAAGCUUUGCAGAGAAAUCUGAGGAGAUAAGACAGUGCUUGUCAUGUCUGAAGAAGGCGUCAAUUGAGCUGCGUCAAAGUAAGAAGAUGGCCAAAGUGUUGGAGUUGGUGUUGGCAAUGGGUAAUUAUAUGAACAAGGGCAACCAGAGAGUAGGAGAGGCCUCAGCAUUUAGGAUCAGCUUCCUCACACAACUUGAAUUGACCAAGACAUCAGACAACAAAGCCACAUUCCUACACGUUCUCGCCAAUGCCAUCUAUACAAAGUUCCCAGACAUGCUACCACUCAUAGAGGACCUACCAACCGUAGCAGAGGCUGCUAAAGUGAGUGGUACAGUCUCCAGCAGUCAGAUAAACCAAGAACUGCUUGAUUUGAGGAAGGUGCUACAGGAGAUUUCCACAACACUGACCAGCCUAGGUAGCCACAACUACAAGUGUGGUGUGAAUGACAGGUUCCAGGAGAUUAUGGGACGUUUUAUCAAUGAAUCUUCUGAUGAGAUCCAGAAGUUGUUCACUCUGCAAGUGUCUGCUCAUGAGGAGUUCACAGCAAUGGUACAAUUCUAUGGAGAAAACCCAAAGACAACUAGUACAAAUGAAAUUUUUGGUAUAUUUGCUGAUUUUAUCACCAAGUUUGAGAAAGCUCACACACAUAACCUGCUGUACAAGAAACACUGAUAUGAGGAAAUAGAAUCUCAAACACAUCCUUAUUUGAUAACAGGAUUAUCCUCAAUAUAUUAUGGAUUAAUGCUGUUAAAGACACUAGGAUAUUCUACAAUAAGGAUUUGUGCUUCUAAAGACAAAAGGAUUAUCAACAAUAAUGAUUUGUGCUUCUAAAGACAAAAGGAUUAUUGACAAUAAGGAUUUGUGCUUCUAAAGACAAAAGGAUUAUCAACAAUAGUGAUUUGUGCUUCUAAAGACAAAAGGAUUAUCAACAAUAAUGAUUUGUGCUUCUAAAGACAAAAGAAUUAUCAACAAUAAGGAUUUGUGCUUCUAAAGACAAAAGGAAUAUCCUCAAUGAGGAUUAAUAGUGUUCAAGACAUCAAGAUAUUCCAGAAUGGGGAUUAGUACUGUUAUAGGCAUCAGGAUUAUCCAUGGUGAGGAUUAGUGCUAUUAAAGACAAAGGGAUUAUCAACAAUGAGGAUUAGUGCUAUUAAAGACAAAGGGAUUAUCAACAAUGAGGAUUAGUGCUAUUAAAGACAAAGGGAUUAUCAACAAUGAGGAUUAGUGCUUUAAUCGUACAAUAAUGAUAAUAACAAACUACUCAGUCAUCAUAAUAUUGCAAAAUUUGGUAUUAAUCUUUCUUAAUAUUCUAUUCAAAGGUGCAGUAUUGUUCACUUAAAUUGUCUUCUUGCUUUUAAGGACAAGUUUACCAAACAACUUUAGUGAAGCUCUGUUGAAACUUUAUUGUUGCUUGAAAUGCAGCUUUUCCCAGAAUUUUCAUCAUUUAUUAUAUUCUCUAGAGGUGGGGUAUGCUACUGAAAUGUUUCAACAUUCACUCUUCAUAUAUUGCAGACUAUAUACUAUAUAGAACAUAUUAAAGGUCAUGGGGGUGGCCAAAUUGCAAGCAACCUGUACAAUUGACCUACCAAUAUAUUCUUUACUAUCACAUAAGAUAAGACAUAAUGUGGUUGUACUAUUGUACUGUACUUCAUUUGU